AUUAGAAAAGAUUUCAAAUUAAAAACUAAUAAUUAACCCUAGAUUUUAAAUCUAAAAAAUGAAACAAUGAAAGAAAAUUAAGAUUAAGAAAUAAAAAUUACGAAGUACAAAAUUGGAAAGGAAAGGCUAAUGGCUAUGAAUGAUUACCUGGAGGGUGGAGGGACUAGAGGCGUGCAGGUCGGCGACUCGACGUCCGGCGGUGGAGGCAGCGAGUCUCGGCUCUCUUGUUUCUUCAAGUCAUUGACGUUUCUGCCUUCUGGUUUCUGCGAUCGGCACUUGCACUCUUUUCUUCCGUUUCGUUUUUUGGUCUACAGCGUACACAUGGAGUGGGCUAAGUUAAGGGAUGGGUCAUGGGAUUGGGCCUGGGCUUAUAUACAUAUACAUCAUUCCGAUCAGGUCUGUCACUCAAAUCAUAUUGUUCAUCGGGAUAUAAAACCCCAAAAUCUGGUAUUCAAAGAUGAGUCAGAGACUCCUGUGAAAAUUGUUGAUUUUGGCAUCUCUACUCUUUUUGCACCGGGUGAGAUUUUACAAGAGAAUAUAGGCACAUUGGCAUACACGGCACCUGAGGUUCUUCAAAGAAAAUAUGGCCCUGAAUGCGACAUUUGGAGUGCGGGUGUCACGUUGUACGAGCUACUCGUAGGCGUUGUUCCUUAUGCAGAAGAUUUCUCGAUUAUGCCUAGAGCACCACCUGAUUUCAAAAGAGCUCCCUGGCCUAAUGUCUCACCUUAGGCCAUCAAUCUCAUCAAAGGAAUGCUCCAUGUAUCCCCUGCAUCUCGCCUAACACCUCAACAAGUAUUAGGUGUAUUUUUUUCCAAAACUCUUCUCCGCACCUUAUAUAUAUAGGAAGACUACAAGAAAUUAAAUAUAAUGAAACAAGCAGCAAUGACAUAGUAUUUUUGAAUCAUUUAUGAUAUUUAAAAGUGUCAUUUACUUGAAUAAAUAUUGACACUUCCUAAAAGUGUCAUCUUUUGUUAUGUCACAAAAUUAAAAGCACCCUUGGAUUGUUGCGAAUACAUCCAGAACAAAUGAAGAUGAAGAUGUUGGAGGAGUGGAUACAAGAGGGGUUCAUGGGGAAGGGAAAGAUCAUGCAACGUGCAAUUGAGGGAGAAGAGGAUUCUGAGGUUAUGUUCCGACCCGCACAAGUCGGAUCGGGGCAUAAUAGAGUAGGGAUUAUGUCAGACUUGUUUCUUAUUUUUAACUUCUUCGUUUUACUUAUUAUUAUCUAGAUUUUUUUAAGUGAGCGAUAUUACACGCUCCUUCGAGGGUUUCUU